AUGCCGCAGGGUCUGAAGAGUAAGCUCCGUGCCCGUGAGAAAUGCCGUCAGAGAUCAACUGCUUCGGGGACCACCAGAAAUCCCCAGGGGCCUCAGAGAGCCACCACUACUGGUGCAGCUGUUUCAUAUAUAAGAUCUAAUGAAACCGUCAACAACCAAACAGGGGAAAGACCAAGAUCCUUGCAGGCUCGGCCUGCCACUGAGUAUGUGCAGAGAAACCAUGUAGAUGAGAAGGUAUUUAUAUUGGUGUAUUACCUGCUGUACAAGUAUCAAUUGAAAGAGCAAAUUACGAAGGUAGAUAUGGUGAGAAAUAUAAUCCAAAUGCACAAGAGCCACUUCCAUGAGAUCCUGAAGAGAGCUGCAGGGCACCUGGAGACGGUGUUUGGCCUUGACAUGAAGGAAGUGGAUCCCAAUAGGCACAUCUAUGUCCUUAUCAACAAACUGUAUCUAAGCUAUGAUGCAAUGAUGAGUUAUGACAGAGGUAUACCCAAGACUGGCCUUCUGAUGACUGUCCUGGGUGUGAUCUUCACGAAAGGCAAUUGUGCCACUGAGGGGGAAAUUUGGCAAAUGUUGAAUGUGAUGGGGUUAUAUGAGGGGAGGAUGCAUUUUAUUUUUGGAGAACCUAGGAAGCUCCUCCCCAAAGAUUGGGUGGAAGAAAAUUACCUUGUGUAUCAGCAGGUGGCUAACAGUGAUCCUCCACGUUAUGAAUUCCUGUGGCAUCCACGAGCCUAUGCUGAAACCACCAAGAUGCAAGUCCUUGAGUUUUUAGCCAAGGUCCAUGAUACCUUCCCCAGUGCCUUCUCAACCUGGUACGAAGAGGCUUUGAGAGAUGAGGAAGAGAGAGCACAAGCCAGAGUUGUAGCCAGGGCUCGCAUUAGUGCUAUGGCCAGUGCACGUUCCAGGGCCAUGUCCUGCAGCUUUCCCCACCCCUAG